AUGACCAUAAAGACCCCAAUAACAAUCUUCCCCUUCAGGGAAAUAGACUUGGAGGUCAGGGAACCAAUAGACCUCAGUGCUGGAGAUCACCAACACCUGGUCCGGAAAGCAGCGGGUGAUAAGACCCAGACCAAAUCGAAACAGUCCUACCAAACUUCAUCCCCACCUGCGCCAGAGCAAAGUCAAGGGAAACCAAGUUCGAAGACCAGUGAGCGAGCGGAUUCCUACGUGGUACAAAUUUCAGACGAGAGCAGCCCCAAUGAUAGCAGUGUGAACACCAGCCCGUUCUCAGACGCGGCUGUCCGCAGAGCUUUCAUCGUGAAAGUGUUCCUCCUCCUGUCGGCUCAGCUGAUGGUCACCGGGGCGAUUGUCAGCGUGUUUGUUUUCUGGACAGAUUUAAGAACUUGGGUGCGCAAGAAUGCCUGGUUCACCUAUGCAAUCUUCCCAGCGUUUUUCGUUGUGCUUAUUGUACUCGCUUGCUGUGGGAACCUCCGCCGUCAGGUGCCUGCCAAUUACAUCCUCCUGGGAUUAUUUACAGUUCUUCAAGGUCUUCUGCUAGGAGCCGUAGCAGUCUUCUAUAACGCUGAGGAGGUGUUAUGGGCCACGGCAGCAACCGCUCUGGUGACGUUAUCGCUCACUUUAUUUGCCCUUCAGACAAAACUGGACUUCACCCUGCUAAACGGAGUGCUCUUCGUCUCACUCAUUGUGCUUCUUCUCUACGGGAUCCUCUUACUCUUCAUACAGUCAUAUUGGCUGCAUCUACUGUACGCUGGCCUCGGAACCGUGCUCUUCUCGCUUUACUUGGUGAUGGAUGUGCAGCUGAUGGUGGGAGGGAAACACCAUCACUCGAACCUGGACCCUGAAGAGUACGUGUUCGCCGCUCUCAACAUCUACUUGGACAUAAUCAACCUUUUCCUUUUCAUUUUGCAACUGGUCGGACUGGCGCGGUAAUCCACGGCCAAGGCUGGCCCGCGCCGACGGGAGGGGAGGACGGUCACUUGCGCAAGUGUCGCGAGGCUCAGACACGCAGAGGUGGCCACUUCCUAACCCCUUUUAUUCAAAAGAAUAUUUUAAAGUACUUUUUUUUUUCCUCCCCUUUUCCCAAAUGAAAGCCAGCAUCCAGCAGAUGGUAGCUGUCGCUGUUAUACUUUAAGUUCCAUUGUCACGUUGCAGAACUUCCUGCGGGACAUUUCUGAUUUUUAUAAACUCCAAAGAUGAGUAGCAAAGUGCCGUACUUACAGACAUUUGUAAGACGCCUGUUACCUUGUUGACAUUUCCCUGGCACUAGUGAAAGCUGUAAACAGCGUCUCUCUAUAUGAAUAAAGCUGAUUACAGAAACCUGUAUUUAUUCCAUCUCUUCUCUCGCUUCGGACGUUCUGUGGGAAUCUUUUGGCA